ACUUUGGUUUCCUCCAAGCCGCGCUCUGCACCUACAAGCGGACUAACUCUUUGACUUCAUGAGAGGGAAAUAAUUCUAUUAGGUGGGGGGAACUCAUUCAGCCGCCAUCUGCCCGAGUGGAGAUGUCUGAGGAAAAUAUGGGCGAAGAGUCUAGUAGCUCGCCAGUAUCUCCCGUGGACAGUCAGAGCAACAGCGAGGGGGAGCAGGACAGUCAGCCCAAGAGGUGUGGGAGGAAGAGGAGGCCGAGCAGGAAGAGCGGAGAGGACUCGGACAGCCCGACCCCUGGGGGGAAACGAGGGAAGAAGUCCAGCAGCAGCGGCAGCCCGCAGUCCUUCGAGGAUCUCCAGUCGCAGCGCGUCAUGGCCAACGUGAGGGAGCGCCAGAGGACCCAGUCCCUGAACGAGGCGUUCACAUCGCUGCGUAAAAUCAUCCCCACGCUGCCCUCGGACAAGCUCAGUAAAAUACAGACGCUGAAACUCGCUUCCAGAUACAUCGACUUCCUUUACCAGGUGCUGCAGAGCGACGAGCUGGACUCCAAGAUGUCAAGCUGCAGUUAUGUGGCGCACGAGAGGCUGAGCUACGCCUUCUCAGUGUGGAGGAUGGAGGGCGCCUGGUCCAUGUCAACAUCUCACUAGCAUCUGGAGGAAGACUGUUCCUCCCGAAGAUGGUGACUGCUGAAUCUACUUCAUCACAUUCUGACGGGACAAGCCUGGAGUCCAAUGCUGGAUACAUGGGAUCACUAUAUUUAAAACCAAAGACGACAGGAAAGGGUCCGGGGAUGGUGGUUUCAUUUCGCAGAGGCCCGACACAGUGUGUUCGCUCACUACACCUCACCCUGAUGUGUUUCCCUGUUGUUGACGACGAAUGUUGAAAAUACCAUGUGUGUGUUUUGUUUUUUUACUGCAUGCCUUUGGACUACUUUCUGCUGAGGUCGAAGUGCAUUAUUGAAGCAGUGUUCUUGUGUUGUGGGGCUUUCAACUGGUGGCGAAGCUCACAUUUCAGACUGUGUGGAUCUAACCUGUGCAAAAAAAACAAAAGUAUUUUCAGAAAACAUUUAUUUAUUUAUUGGGGAAACGUGUAACAUUGAGGAAUGGAUCCUGUGUCUGACAAAAUGCAAACACAUUCCUUAUUUUUAUUAUCGUUUUUUUUGUAAAUGUUUGUAUAUUGUUUUCCAUUAAA